CACGUACUUCCGGCGCUAGCGGAAGUACCCGCUACACGUCCAUUAAAAGCAAAAUUAAUGGCUUUUGUAUAAAAAAACUGUCAAAAAUUGAGAAAGAACCGUAGAAAUUAAAGCUCUUCUUAAACAAACGAUGACUGAUAUUGAACAAAGAGGCGGCGAACAACAGCGUAUGUGAGCGGAUAUCGGAGUUUAUUCUCCUGUAUGAAGGGGAAGACGCUCAACAUGGAGGACUGCUUGCACACUUCAUCUGAUAACCUUGCUAAACUAGUUAAAUGGGCCCACAGUCAUGGAACUAUCUGCACCCUCAUCCCCAACCUCAAACACAUGCUCAACGAGGGCUCCCACGGCACCCUCACGGCACUGUGGGGAUGCAGCGCUGGCCACGCCUACCACUGGCCAGUGGCUACCACCUGCAAAACAGGAAACAAGGAACGGAUGUGUUACCAAGACAGUCGGACCAUCAAUACGGACAGUAUUAUGCAGGCGUCCGCCACCAUCCACAGCACCUCGGCAGAUCGCUUCUUCAGCAAUGCCGGAAAAAGCAAAGGCAAUUCCAGUCAAGGGGACUCGAGUCAGAUCCACGACUCUUGUGACAUCUCCAACUGCAGCGAACCUUCGGAGAUGGACGACAACGCCGAGGAGUACAAUAACAACCUGUACGACAUCGUCUGCGAGUCCUCGGCUACCGAUGAGGAAGAUGACUCGAACCACACCCCGAACGUUGCGCACAGGAAAAGAGCCAGCAAAGGUCCCGGACCCGAGGAUUGCACUGAUCCAGGGUUGAAAAAGAUCAAACAAGAAAGGGGUGAAGACUAUUACAGCGUGGCCAAUUCGCAGAUGCCAAGCAGCUCAGAGGUGAACCGGUCAGUUAGUGCUAUCACCCAGUCACCCAAACCAAACACCCAAACCAGACCGUCAUCAGGGUCUGCUGCGUCCCACAAACCUGUGGAUGAUGACCCCAUGGGGUUCUCGUCAUUACCGCUGGAGAACUCUCCGGCGUCUAUGAUCAAACCCUUGCGAGGUCCUCCGCACGUUAACCAGAAUAAAAUGCACAUUAACUCGAACCCAACAUCCAGUCAAAGUAUGGCAGCUUUAACCCACUCUGGACGAAUUGACGCUAUGGGGGUCCUACACAGGGAUGAAUUUCCAAAGUCUUCGUUGUCUUAUGGAGAAGCUUCGAUUGGCGUGAACCCAGAGAUGGAUCUUCUGGCAGGGCAGGCACUUGGUACAGAAGCUAGAGGAGACAAUGCAGAGAUGGACGAGAGAGACUACAGAGAACAGAAUGAGAAGACCAUUCGCAGCACCCAAACAGCCCUACGCAACUUUCAAGACUUCCUGUUUUCCAAAUACCCGACGGAAACCAGAGAGAUAUAUUGCAUUCCGUGUCAAGAGCUGGACAUCUACCUGGCCUCCUUCUUCGUGGAUGCGCGGCAAAGGGAUGGCUCUGAAUACGAGCCCAACAGCCUUGCGAACUAUCAGUGUGGCCUUGAGCGCUACCUGAAGGAGCAUCGCUACGCUUACAGUAUUACAAAAGACAGAGAGUUCCAAAGGUCCCAGGACGCCCUCAAGCAAAAGCAGCUGGAGCUGAAGUUCAAAGGUAAAGGCAACAAACCCCACAAUUCAAUGAAGCUGACGCUUGCUGACGAGAUGCUCCUGAGGAAACGGGGUCUCCUGAGUCGCUUCAAUCCCGAGGGAUUGCUUAACCUUGUGUGGCUCAACAACACCAAGGCUUUCGGGCAAUGUACGGGCUUUCACAGCUCCACGCUGAAGUGGGGUGAUGUACGCUUGCUCAACACAGAAACAGGAUUGGAGUAUCUAGAAUGGACCUAUCAGGAUUUUAGCGACCUCAACGCCAGAAUCAGGAGGUCCAUGACGGAGUCCCGCAUCUACGCUACCCCGCAUGCUCCUCAAACCUGUCCUGUGCAGGACUACAAGGAGUACGCCCAGCGCAGACCUCAACUGAUGCUCUUCGAAGAUGCACCCUUUUACUUGUCGAUCAAGCCUGGGGUGAACCUCGCCGCUCUCCACUGGUACAACUGUCAAGCUCUGGGAAAGAACAAGUUGGCGAAGAUGGUCAAGACCAUGUGUGAGAAAGCCAACAUUCCAGGUCGAAAGACUAAUUUCAGCGUUUAUCAGAGUUGUAGUUCUUUGUCUGAGGCUCAGAGCAAUCAGUUAGUCCUGAUCUGCAAUGACCUCAGACAGCAAGCCGUCCAAUCAGGAAGCUCCCAUGCUGGCGGUACCAACUUUGUCAUCGCUGGUUCUUUUGACUCUACUGACUCUGCUUAGGUGAAGCAAGUGAUUUCUGUCACAUCAGUGGCAUAGACUGUAAAAACAAGAUGGACGACUUGUCUCCAUAUCUAUCAAAUUUUAAAUGGAAGCCAAAGUAUCCCAGAAGUGGCCAAUAACAUGUUACGCUGAUGAGAAGGUUCUCGCUACAGCCUGGCGACAUCCAAUCCUAUAUCUGAGUGUGAUGUCAGAAGCCACGCCCAUGUCCGGACAGUACUGGAACAAGGUGACGUAUUGGACAUGGAGAUUGGGGUCUCUGCAGAACAAAAAGGGGCGUUUCUCAAUUAUGGGGCAUUGUCAAAUUGGUAUAGGUGUUUCUCAAUGUGUUUUUGAAAAAAUUAAGUGGGCGGUUUUUAAUUCCCUUCUCCUAUUGGGCGCUUCUGCCCUUUCUGGUUGGAUGGUUGAGAAAUGCCCGUCCUGGUUUCAAAACGCCCAUAGUUGAGAAACCCUUUCAUGUACUGCAUAGACCUACACUUCUGGACAUGGGGGUGGCUUCUGACGUCACACUUGGAAGUGGGCGGGGUUGGAUGUCCACUGCAGGAUGCAGUGAGCUCUACUUGCACCCGAUCAGUGCUAACGACCGGACAGGUUAUCUGAAAACCCCCACUGGCCAUCACUGUUACAAGUUGUCCUGCACCAAAGUGAAGCCAUUGGUUGAGCCAGAAGUUGACGCCAUAGCAAAGUUUUGAAUUCACACUUUUCGUUGGAAGUCAACGUAAAACAUUCGAUUUGAACAUCAGAGUAUUUAAGAGUAACUGAACACCAGAAAAAUGCUACGUUAGCUUUAAAUAUAGUUUUAUCACAGACGUAGGCCACGACACCUGACAACCCUUGUGAAAACAUAUUCUUUGUCUCACUUGUAGCUAAACGUUUUUUACACUAAACUAACUGUCUGUGCCGUGUAUGUGAAACUAUGUAUACACAAAAUGUUGUCUUGACUCUUAGUCCUGACUGUAUUGUUGUUUUAAAUAGGUACGUUGCAAAAUACUGAACUUGCAUUAUCGAGUGUAGUAAUGUCAACUACAGCUAGCAUCUGAAUGCUAAUGCUGCUGUUUUUGCUGUUUAGCCUACUACAUUUGCUAGUUUAGCAAUGACAGGCUUCAAAUAUCAUUACUCACUAUAUUUUGUAGACAUAAAUGUGAAGUAACUAAUCCUGUAAUCCCUCAUAUUUCUGUCAGAGGUUGUUCUGUGUCAGUGUGUUAACUCUUUAGCACUGGAGUUCAACCAAAAAUGAAAAUUCUUCACUCACCCUCUCGUCAUUUUAAACUUGCAUGACUUUCGUUCUUCUGAAGAACACAAAAUAUAUUUUGAAGAGUGUUGUUAACUGGUACCUAUUCACUUGCAUUGGUUUUCUGUCCAAAAGAAGUGAAUGAGUGCCAGCACUGUUCGCUUACCAACAUUCUUUAUAAUAUCUUCUUCGGUGUUCUGUUGAAAAAAGACAGUCAUACAGGUUUGAAAUGACAAUAGCAUGAGUAAAUGAUGACAGAAUUCUAUUUUUUGGUGAACUAUCACUUUAAAAUAUUAGAUUUGUCUGCAUUGCAGAUAUCUUGUUGAAUGUCAGUCAUUGUUGCAAAUGUUUUAUGACACGUUUGUCUCCUUUAUAAAAGCAUUUAUCACAACUGUAGCAUACAGAGCAAUGCUUAUUUAAGCCUAUAAAUAGAAGUGAAUUAACUACUAAGAAUAAAACCAUGGUUAUACAAAUGGUAAUCAAUGCACCAAGUUAACAUGUUUACUACACUUUUACUAUAAUAAAUCCAUGGUUCGUUUUCAUUCAUUAAGGGAUGUUUUAUGUAAUAAUCGUCUUGUAGGAAUUAUAGUUGGAGACGUAAACACAUAGUUGGGAACCUCCAAAGUCCAUCAGCUACACAUUGUUAUUAUGCAGAAAGGAUCAAUGCCACAUACUGUAGUACGUGCUUGUAUGACUGGAUAACAGUUGGUGGUUUUCAUUUUAUGAAAGUGUCAUGUAACCAUAAGAUCAAAUACUGUACACAUUAAAUGCCUCACAAAAAAAAUGUUUUUAAAAUGUUUAUUUAUAUCCAGCGGUACUAUAGGUUUGACAUCAGUUUUAUUAAUAUUUCAAAAUAGCUUUUAUUUUUAUAUUUUUGGUUACACUAUGAAUUUUUGUUAUGUGCUUUUAUUUCAUUAUUUAUUUGUUUAUUCUUAUGUUGCAAUAUAAGAUGGAUUUAUUUUUAUUUGAUCUAGUUUUCGGUCAGUAAUGGGUUUAGUGCCUUAAUUUAAACAUAUUUCAGUUCAUUCCUGAUGCAACAUUUCUA